GCGAUUUGCCUUUUGCAUUUUCUCUCUCCCUCCCGGAGUCUCAGGCUUUCUCCAACUUCUUUUCCUCCUUGGUCGAUGAAUUUCCUUGGAGAAGAUGGAUCCAUUUGAGAAAACCCAGAUCAAAUCUGUUGAUAUUUUCCUGACUUCGAUGCGUUUUUGAGAUUGGGUUUCUCUUUCUUUGAUGAAACUCAUUCCUUCCAGCAGAUUGGCCACAAGGUGUUUGUUGAAAUUCCGGAGAGAGAGAGACGCUGAAAUUGGAAUUCUGUAAGAAAUGAGAGACUUUCCUUCUUGCUCUGGUGAAAAUGGCGUUCAGAUUGCGGAUUCGUCUUCCUCGAACGUGGGAAAAAUUGCCCAGAAUUUGGUCAUUUGCAUCUACCGUUGCCGCAUCCGAGGUAGGACUUGCUUGAUCACAGUCACAUGGACUAAGAAUCUGAUGGGUCAAUGUGUAACCGUGGGAGUUGAUGAUUCUUGCAACCGAAGUCUGUGUAAAGUAGAGAUUAAGCCGUGGCUCUUCACUAAACGAAAAGGGUCCAAGAAUCUAGAGGCGUAUUCCUGUAAUAUCGAUGUUUUCUGGGAUCUCUCGUCCGCAAAAUUCGGAUCCAGCCCUGAACCUUUAGGAGGGUUUUAUGUUGGCGUUGUUGUGGACAAAGAAAUGGCUCUUCUUCUCGGUGAUAUGAAGAAAGAAGCUUUCAGAAAGACUAACGCUGCACCUUCUUCAUCACUGGGUGCUGUGUUCAUUGGCAAGAAAGAGCAUGUCUUUGGUAAGAGAACGUUUGCAACAAAAGCUCAGUUUUCAGGUGAUGGCAAAACCCACGAUCUUGUGAUCGAAUGUGACACCAGUAUCAGUGAUCCUUGCCUCGUUGUUCGGGUUGAUGGAAAGACCUUGAUGCAGGUUAAGAGGCUUCACUGGAAGUUCCGUGGGAAUGAUACGAUAAUUGUCAACAGGAUCUCUGUGGAAGUUCUCUGGGAUGUCCACAGUUGGUUCUUCGGGCUGCCAUCAUCACCAGGAAAUGCAGUAUUUAUGUUCAGGACUUGUCAAUCUGUUGAAAAGACCUGGUCUUUCACGCAGGUCCCAACUAGCUCGAAACCUCAAAGUUUUGGCUUUUCAUUGAUUCUGUACGCUUGGAAGAACGAGUAGAGAAGAAGAAGUUUUGAGAGUUCUUUUCUUUAUCUUGAGUGCUAAAAAGGAACUGUUGAUUCUUGUCCAUUUAUUUAUCAUAUGAUCGAUGGGUUUCAAUUAUAUUUCCGAGGACUUGACCGUCGUAUAUAUCAGUUUCAUAUGUCAAAGUUUCUACACGAGGCUUGUAAAGACUCUUAUUCAAAGUCGAUUCCUUUGGUCCCAAAUCAAGGAACCAAGAUACUCUGUUUUGUUCUUUGGGUGAAUAAUGUCCAGAUACGAGUUUCUUUGGCUUAUGAUCUUUCUUCUAUUAUGGUAUUUCGCUGCUCAUUUAUGGAGAUAUCAGAUUACAGUUGCCUGAGCUGAAGCUAGUGGUUACCUCAAAGAUUAUUAUCCUUCUACCUAUAUAGUGCCCGUAAAGAUGGUCUCUAGAGAAUUAUGAAGAUAAUCUUGUUGCAUUUGAGCUGUCUUGAUUCAAUGUAUUAAGCGUUAGUAUCCUACCUAAAGAUAUAUCAUGCCUUUGGUUUUGUUUCUCGCCAUACCUUUUCAGAAAUUGUAUAUAGAACUUUGUUAAGUCCGAUGCCAUUAUCAAGCUGUGCGCAGUUUCU